UUGGUGUCGGGUUUUUCUGGAAGUAGGAGGUAGCGGGCUGACAUGGCACACGCUGCAGCCCACAUUAAGAAGGCCAGGGUGGAGCUGGUGGAGCAGCAGGGUCCUGACCUGAAGGCUCUGGAGAAAGCCCGCCAGAGGAGGAUUCGCUCCCGCGAACGGGCAGAGCGCAAACGCAAGUCGGACAGCAACACCAGCUUCUUACGAGCGGCAAGGGCGGGGAACAUCGACAAGGUUCUGGAGUACCUGAAGGGGGGAGUGGACAUAGGCACCUGUAAUCAGAAUGGGCUCAACGCGUUGCACCUGGCAGCUAAGGAGGGCCACGUGGAGCUGGUCCAGGAGCUGCUGGAGAGAGGCUCAGCUGUGGACUCAGCCACAAAGAAAGGGAACACAGCCCUCCACAUUGCUUCUCUGGCCGGACAGGCCGAGGUGGUGAAGAUACUGGUGAAGCGCGGUGCAGAAAUCAACUCUCAGUCUCAGAAUGGCUUCACCCCUCUGUACAUGGCUGCUCAGGAGAACCAUAUGGACGUGGUGCGUUACCUACUGGAGAAUGGAGGUAACCAGAGCACCGCUACAGAGGAUGGCUUCACCCCACUGGCCAUCGCGCUGCAGCAGGGCCACAACCAGGUGGUGUCUGUCCUGCUGGAGAACGACACCAAGGGCAAGGUGCGGCUGCCCGCCCUGCACAUCGCCGCCCGCAAGGACGACACCAAGUCUGCCGCGUUGCUCCUCCAGAACGACCACAACGCCGACGUGCAGUCCAAGAUGAUGGUCAAUAGGACUACGGAGAGUGGAUUCACGCCACUUCAUAUUGCUGCCCACUAUGGAAACGUGAACGUGGCCACACUACUGCUAAAUCGUGGGGCAGCUGUGGACUUUACAGCUAGGAAUGGGAUCACGCCCCUCCACGUGGCCUCGAAACGUGGCAACGCUAACAUGGUGCGCCUCCUACUGGACAGGGGGUCUCAGAUCGAUGCCAAGACUAGAGACGGCCUCACACCUCUACACUGCGCGGCCAGGAGUGGACAUGACCCUGCAGUGGAGCUACUGCUGGAGAGAGGAGCACCCAUGCUGGCCAGGACCAAGAAUGGUCUGUCUCCUCUCCACAUGUCAGCUCAAGGCGACCAUGUUGAGUGCGUCAAGCACCUGCUGCAGCACAAGGCGCCUGUUGAUGAUGUCACACUGGACUACCUGACGGCGCUGCACGUCGCCGCCCACUGCGGUCACUACAGAGUCACCAAGCUGCUGCUGGACAAGAGGGCAAACCCCAACGCUAGAGCACUGAAUGGCUUCACCCCGCUGCACAUUGCCUGUAAGAAGAAUAGAGUGAAGGUGAUGGAGCUGCUGGUCAAGUAUGGAGCUUUCAUCCAGGCCAUCACAGAGUCUGGCCUGACUCCCAUCCACGUUGCAGCCUUCAUGGGUCACCUCAACAUUGUCCUGCUGCUGCUACAGAACGGCGCCUCGCCUGACGUCUGCAACAUUGUGACGCGGGAGACGGCCCUACACAUGGCAGCCAGGGCAGGACAGGUGGAGGCGGUUCGCUGCCUGCUGAGGAACGGCGCCCUGGUGGACGCCAGAGCCAGGGAGGACCAGACUCCCCUCCACAUCGCGUCUCGCCUGGGGAAGACUGAGAUAGUUCAGCUGCUACUGCAGCAUAUGGCCCACCCUGACGCCUCCACGACUAACGGAUACACACCCUUGCACAUCUCAGCCAGGGAGGGACAGGUGGACGUGGCUUCAGUGCUGCUGGAGGCGGGCGCCUCACACUCGCUGGCUACCAAGAAAGGAUUCACUCCGCUGCAUGUGGCAUCUAAGUACGGAAGCAUGGAUGUGACCAAACUUCUCCUGCAGAAAAGAGCCCCUCCCGAUUCUGCUGGGAAGAAUGGCCUCACGCCUCUCCAUGUCGCUGCGCAUUACGAUAACCAGAAGGUGGCGCUCCUGCUUUUGGACAAAGGGGCCUCCCCCCACGCCACGGCCAAGAAUGGCUACACUCCCCUCCACAUUGCGGCGAAGAAGAACCAGAUGGACAUAGCGGUGGUGCUGCUGCAGUAUGGGGCCGAGACCAACAUCCUGACCAAGCAGGGGGUCACCCCCCUACACCUGGCCUCACAGGAGGGACACGCUGACAUGGCUGCCCUGCUCAUGGAGAAGGGGACUCAAGUCAACGUCCCCACCAAGAGUGGCCUCACCCCACUCCAUCUGGCUGCCCAAGAGGACAAGGUGGCUGUGGGUGAGAUACUGGCUAAACAUGGAGCCAACCUGGACCAGCAAACUAAGUUGGGUUACACUCCUCUGAUCGUAGCGUGUCACUAUGGCAAUGCCAAGAUGGUCAACUUCCUCUUACAGAAUGGUGCUAGUGUCAAUGCCAAAACCAAGAAUGGAUACACUCCCCUCCACCAAGCAGCACAGCAAGGAAACACACACAUCAUCAAUCUACUGCUGCAGAAUGGAGCUAAGCCCAACAACAUCACUGCGAAUGGUAACACAGCUCUGGCCAUCGCCCGGCGACUUGGCUACAUCUCGGUGGUGGACACACUCAAGGUUGUCACCGAGGAGAUCAUUACCUCGACAACCACGGUGACAGAGAAACACAAGUUGAACGUCCCUGAGACUAUGACUGAAGUCCUAGAUGUCUCUGAUGAGGAGGGUGACGACACGAUGACAGGGGACGGAGGGGAGUACUUGAGGGCAGAGGACCUGAGGGAAUUGGGAGAUGACUCCUUGCCUGGACAGUACAUGGAUGGGAUGAACUACCUGCGCUUCAGUCUGGAGGGGGGACGCUCUGACAGUUUGGACAGGUCCUACACUCCCAGUCACCACGGUUACUACUCUCCAAAACAUGAAAGCAUGAUAGAGGAGAUGCUUACCAGCCACAACGUGUCGUCUCUUGCCAGGGAAAAUGAAAAGGACUCGUAUCGUCUGAGCUGGGGCACAGAAAAUCUGGACAAUGUGGCACUGUCCUCCAGCCCCAUCCACUCUGGCUUCCUGGUUAGCUUCAUGGUGGAUGCCAGGGGCGGAGCCAUGCGGGGUUGCCGUCACAACGGCCUGCGCAUCAUUAUCCCGCCGCGGAAGUGCAGCGCGCCCACGCGGGUGACCUGCCGCCUGGUGAAGAGGCAUCGCCUGGCCACCAUGCCCCCCAUGGUGGAAGGAGAGGGCCUGGCCAGCAGGCUGAUCGAGGUGGGGCCCGUCGGAGCCCAGUUCCUCGGUAAACUGCACCUUCCCACUGCCCCACCCCCUCUUAACGAGGGUGAGAGCCUCGUUAGCCGCAUCCUGCAGCUCGGGCCACCCGGGACAAAAUUCCUUGGGCCUGUAGUCGUGGAGAUCCCUCACUUCGCUGCCCUGAGGGGGAAGGAGAGGGAGCUGGUGAUCAUGAGGAGUGAGACAGGAGAGAGCUGGAAGGAGCACCACUGCGAACACACCGAGGAGGAGCUCAACCAGAUCCUCAACGGCAUGGACGAGGAACUGGACCCUCCAGAGGAGCUGGAGAAGAAGCGUAUCUGCCGCAUCAUCACCAGGGACUUCCCCCAGUACUUUGCGGUGGUGUCCCGGGUCAAACAGGACAGUAACCUGAUCGGUCCAGACGGGGGCAUCCUCAGCAGCACGGUGGUGCCUACGGUCCAGGCAGUCUUCCCAGAGGGAGCCCUCACCAAGAGGAUCAAAGUGGGACUACAGGCGCAGCCAAUGAACGUGGACGUGGUGAAGAAGCUCCUGGGGAACAAGGCUACAUUCAGCCCCAUCGUGACCCUGGAGCCCCGGAGGAGGAAGUUUCAUAAACCCAUAACCAUGACCAUCCCCAUCCCCAAGAGUAACACUGACCCAGUGGUCAACGGCUUCGGAGGGGACCAGCCCACCCUGCGCCUGCUCUGUAGUAUCACAGGUGGAACGACGCCAGCCCAAUGGGAGGACAUUACAGGAACCACGCCCCUAACGUUCAUCAACGACUGUGUCUCCUUCACGACCAACGUAUCGGCCAGGUUCUGGCUGAUAGACUGUCGGCAGGUGCAGGAGUCAGUAAACUUCUCCAGCUCGGUCUACAGGGAGAUCAUCUGUGUUCCGUACAUGGCCAAGUUCGUCAUCUUCGCCAAGACCCACGACCCCAUUGAAGCGCGGCUCCGCUGCUUCUGUAUGACUGACGACAAGAUGGACAAGACCCUCGAGCAACAGGAGAACUUCACAGAGGUGGCCAGGAGCAGAGACGUAGAGGUCCUGGAGGGCAAACCCAUCUAUGCAGACUGCUUUGGCAAUCUGGUCCCUCUCACCAAGAGUGGCCAGCACCAUCUCUUCAGCUUCUUUGCCUUCAAAGAGAACAGGCUGGCACUCUUCAUCAAGAUCCGAGACAACACUCAGGAUCCGUGUGGCCGUCUGUCCUUUAUGAAAGAACCCAGGUCUUAUAGAAGUCUCGCCCACAACGCCAUAUGCAACCUGAACAUCACACUACCAUCCUACUCAAAGGAAUCUGAUUCAGACCAAGAGGCUGAGGAAGAGAUCAGCAGGAAUCUCGAGAAAUAUGACGAAGACACUACGUCGACGGAGACUACGGUCCGGAAGGGAGAUUUGAUCCGAGAUUCUACGGCUCUGGCCAGUCCGGACCUCCUCUCCGAUGUGUCUGAGAUGAAACAAGACCUGAUCAAAAUGACCGCCAUCCUAACCACAGAUUCUACAGGCAAAUCCAGAUCCAUGGAAGGGAGCGGUCUGGAAAAAGGGGCUGAUGAGGUUCAGGGCGAGCCAUUUGAAAUCAUGGAGAAGGUCAAAGAGGAUUUGGAGAAAGUGGGCAAGAUACUUAGGAGCGGAACAUAUGAGGGUGAGGUGGCAAAGGAGGCGGCAAGAGCAGCCAGAAUGAAAGAAGAGUGGGUCCUCCUCUCAGACUGUGAGAUAGAAGAGGCCAAACAUAUGGCUGCCUUGGAACCCCAGGAACCAGUACUACGUGAAGUCAGAGUCAACAGAGGGAUUCCCAGACCUAAAGCAAUCAAAGAUGUGUCUGGGAUGGUCAAACACCUGAGUGGUGAACUCAAAGAAUAUCUCCUGGAUGUACCCGAGGGCACCAGUACAACAGCCCAGGAGAAAGAGGUCCAAGAGAAAGGCGCAAAAAGAACCAUGACAACAACAAAAACAACAACAACAACAACUACAACAACAAAGAAAGACAUCAAAAUUCCUGCUUUUGACCUGCAAAAGCCAGUCAGGAGGAAAGGAAAGGACCAGGAACAGGUGGAAAAAUCUACCGAUGGGGAUGUUCUCCUUAGCGUACCCAAAGACCCUAACCCAGUGUCACCUGUGUCCCCAGUAGUAGAGGAGACCCCCAUUGGAUCCAUAAAAGACAAAGUCAAAGCCCUUCAGCAGAAAGUGGAGGCUGAGCGAAAGGGCCAAAAGCCAACUAGCAUCAAACCUUCAAAUGUUGCUUUGGAGAGCAAAAUACCACAAAAGGCAAAAGAAUCUAUCCCGAAACAAAGCCCUGCAAAACAGGGCACCGCUAAACAGGGUCCACUUAAGUCCCCCAAAACUGAGUCUGAGAAGCUGGAGGAGACCAUGUCAGUAAGGGAGCUCAUGCGAUCCUUCCAAAAGGGGCAGGACCCCUCAAAGAGAAAGUCUGGACUUUUCGAGCUCAAAACUGUCUCUUCUGAGCAUGAAACAACAGAAUCAGAAUCACAGCCCACUCAGUCCAAAUCCACCAUCAAAGCCACAUCAACCUGUUACGAACGGGAAGUGUCACUGGACACCAUACCUGGCAAGCACCACACAGAGAGAGACAAGCAAAUUAACCCACCCCGAAAGCACUCCAAAGAUUUUGGUGUUGAAAUCAAGGCAGAGCUUGAGGACAAUCCAGAGUACCAACAGUUUAGGCCGAUCUCUGUAGAUGGUAGUCCUGCUGCCCAGUCAUACUUAACUGAAACCAUAGAGUUUCCGAUUUCUGCCCCUGAUGAUAGCUCUGAUAGUUUAAAACAUGAGGGCGUGGCAGACUCUCCCAGUGCCAGCCUGGGUGAUUUUAGUCCUCCUCACCUGAGCUCAGAGGAUAGCCUCAAACACCAGGGCUUAGCAACUCCUGAAACAAGCCCUGAUAGUCCCUCUCUCUCUCCCAAAAAUGCUGACCAGUCCACUAAAAACUCAACAGCUGUUACUAUAGCUGUCGAAGAUGACAAGAAAAGUAAGGAUAAGUCUGGAGACUCCGGUCUGGGGACCAUUGAUGACCAGCCAUCAAAUGAAAUAACCCUCCCUGUCUCUUCCAGCAAGGUUGCAGACGACCACACCACAAGUGAGUCCAUAUCUUUUCAGACAGUCGAGUCUAAGUCCUCUAAACCGAGAAAGCUUACAAAGAGAGUUUCUGAGACUUUAGAGAGCUUCCUAAGUGAUGAGGAGAGCCCUGAUGACAAGCUAGUCUCAGCCUUAGCUGCAACCAUUGCUUCUAGUGCCUCUACCGAGCAUCAAGGAAGCUUAGAAUUGCCUUUAAGACAGCAAGACUCGGACGCCCUCAGUCCUUUUGCCGACGACUCUUUGACCAUAAGCCACAGAGACUCUCUAGACGAAGGCAGUCCCCUCAUGGAAGACAACUCUUCCCAUAGGACCCCAGACUCUAUCGAGCCCAGCCCAACAAAGGAAUCCCCUUGUCGUGACUCCUUAGAGAGCAGCCCGGUAGAGCAAAAAAACUUCCCUCCCGCUCAGCCCAGUGAGUCCUCUAGCCACCCAGAGCCCUCCAAAGCCACAGACUACCCCCCAGACGUGUUGCGUAGUAGGCUACUCAGGGACCAGGAGGCUAGCGCUAAUGAUGAUGACAGUAUCGAGCAGACAUUGUCUCAGAUGGAAAGCUCUGGUAAGAGUCCUCUCUCCCCCGACACCCCUAGUUCUGAAGAGGUAAGUUAUGAGGUAAACCCUAAAACCCCCGACAACAUGUUCCUAUCUGUGGUGUGCACACCAGCUGUCAUAAAAGAAGACUCGGGGGAAGAUGAUGAUGAGUCAGAAGCACAGAGGAAAUUCACUCCAGAGGAGGAGAUGUUUAAAAUGGCAGCCAAAAUAAAAACCUUUGAGGAAAUGGACCAGGACGCCAGAACCAAAGAGAACUCUCGAAAAUAUAUCAGUGCCUCAGCAGAUGACGAAGCAGGGGACGAUAGCUUCAAAACAGUUGAACUAGAGUCCGCAAAUGAGACUGAGCUCACUGGGGCCAAAGAGACCUCAGAGUUAGCUCUUUCUGCUGAAUCUCUUAUUAAAGUACAACCUCCCUCUCCUUUUUCACUAGGUGUGCAUGAAGGAGUCCACCACACAGAGGCCAAGAGUGUAGCUACAACGGCAGCAGUGGAAGGAACUCAAUCUGUCUCAGAGCAACAUGUCUCACAAUCAGUUCCUUCGCACAAAGACACAGAUGACAAAGACAAUUUAGCUCAAAUGGCUAUCAUGUCUUCGAGCUCUGAGGGGGCUGCAAACAUAACCGACGAGCAGAAGGAGGAAAGCUUGAGGAACUCGAGGGAAAGCAAGGAGGAUGAUGGGGGAGAGAAAGAGGCAGAUACAGGCAGUCUGCAGACAUCUGCUGUAAAGGCUCCCUGUCAGGUAGAGAGUAAUAUAACUGAUGAAGUGAAAGGAGAUUACAGGGGGCACUCAGGAGCCCCUGAGGCAGAAACGUCCUCGACCAUCAUUAUCAGACAAGCAAGGGAAACGUUCAAACCUGAGAUCUGUAUCUAUGACGACACAGAGGAAGACGAUGAGGAAGAGGAACCUCCCAGAACCAAGUCGAAGGGCGUGACCGCCAGCGCGGAGGCAGACCCCUGGAGCGCCAUGCGUGAGGACGACGACGCUUUCGCGGCCCGUGUCAAAGAGGAAGAGCAGAAGAUCCUGGGUCUGAUGGUGGACCGGCAUUCCCAGGGGGAAACCCCAGACACCACCCCAGGAAGGAGCCCCACAGAGGAGAGCACGCCAACCAGUGAGCCCAAUCCUUUCCUCUUCCAAGAGGGGAAGCUCUUCGAGAUGACCCGGAGCGGAGCUAUUGACAUGACUAAACGGACCUAUGAGGACGAGGGCUUUGCCUUCUUCCAGAUAGGAGAGCAGCCUCUAGAGGAGGCGCUGUCUGAACAGGUCAGAGAAGAGCCAGGAGAUAGAGGAGCUACAUUAGAAAGUGAAGUGGGCCUCAACCUGACUCUGGAAAUAAAAGUGGAGGAAGAUGAGAAACAAGCAAAAGAUGCUCCAGAGGACGAUCAGACAGUAAGCGGGGCCGUAGCAACCUUGCCUUCUAAAUCAGACGCCUCUAAAUCUAGAAUCCCUAGAAUGGGUCUUUCCGCCUCAGCUAAGACCACUAAGAAAGACAAAGACUCAGUAUCCCCAGUAUGUCCUGAAGUUAAACGAGAUACAAUUGUAGAGGAGACCCCCCUAGAGGUAGAAAAUAGUUAUUUAGACCCUAUGAUAGCUAAUGUUGAGACAGCAGUAACAACUGUCACUCGAUCGGUAUACCCUGAACAGGACCAAGAGUCCUCUGACUCCUCUCCCGAGGAGCAGCAUUCGGUUAUAGAACUUCCCAAAACCAUGGAAAAGAUCACAACCCCAACUUCUAGUGAAAAAGUGAAAAAGAUCCCAACAAAAACCCCAGCUAUGGCUCCAGGCAAGGCUGGCCCCCAAAGUCGAGCUAAAACUUCUUCUUCCUCUACAUCCCCCUAUUCAGCUACUCCUAAAAAAGAAACCCCCUCUACAGAGUCAAAAUCAAGAAUACCUGUCAAAGGCAAGGCUCACCCUGUCAAGCCUGAGCCAUCAGUUAAACAUACUGAGUCUUCCCAGGACACAAAGCUAAAGUUCCCAGUUAAAAAGGACUUGAGGAGAAAGUCUGAGACAGAUGCAGGUCUCUCAGCAGUUACCAAAACCAAGACUUCGUCUUCCAAAGCCAAGAGCUUCUGUGAGGGAGACGAGACAUCUGCUGAAAAGGGCCAGGUUCUUCCCAUGAGCACGGAUUACUCCACCAAGCCAAAAUCAUGCUUCGGCUUCCAAUCCAGGCUGCCAGUUAGAGGCAAGCUUGGUCAGCCGUCCCACACUUCCACCCCCGCCAAAAAGAAAAGUGAGCCACGCAAGAAGUCCAUAGAGUUUGUUAAUGAGAUUAGUGACGAAGCGGCAAAGCUGGUUGAGAGAUUGGCUCAGGCCGAGAAAGACAAAGAGCGUGAGGCUUCCACCGCUGCCAUCUCGGAUGACGAGAGCAGCGGCAUGGACCCCUCCGCCAUAGAGAGAGAGUCUUUUCCCGAAAUGCACUUCCCUACUUCCGGAGAUGUCUAUCCCAUUAGACCCCUGUGGGACGACCCUGUUGACACGCAGAUGCAACGAAUUCCCAACGAUACAAUCAGAAGACAAGUAGAUCCCCAGGAUGAAGCCGAAAGGAAAGAGGAACGAUUGGAAAUAAUAGCCGACCACCUGGGCUUCAGUUGGACGGAGCUGGCUCGAGAGCUGGAGUUCAGCGAGGAAAGGAUCAAUCUAAUAAGGAUUGAGAAUCCGAACUCACUACAGGACCAAAGCCAUGCCCUGCUGAAGCUCUGGACUGACAGGGAUGGCAAGCAUGCUACAGAAACUACAUUGAUCAAACGACUCGCCAAGAUCAACAGGAUGGACAUUGUUCACCUCAUCGAAACCAAGAUAAUCAAGUCCACCCAGCAGGACACAUCGUCCCACACCUAUGCAGAGAUUGAGAGGACCAUUGCACUGGAUCACAGUGAAGGGUUUUCUGCCCUCCAUGAGGACAUAGACAGUCCCCGGCCAGGCAGGCGUACAGACGGCACCCCCAGUGGGCCAGGGUCCAGGCAGGGGCCCUUCAUGGUGUCAGAGGAGGACCUCUCCUCCAGCAUGUCAUCACUGCACGAGACAUCAGGGCGGGUGGAGACAGACACAUCAGUAACAGGCCUCCUGAGACACGCCCAGAAGGAGAAGCUACAGAAAGAGGGCGAAACGACACAUUCUGUGGGCGGUACAUCACAGAGUGGAUCAGACAAGGCUGAGUCACUACACAUGGGCACUUUUAAACAAGCGGAUGAUCUGCCAGACAUCCCUCCGCAAACAGUGACAGAGGAACAGUACAUGGAUGAGCAUGGAAACCUGGUAGUCAAGAAGAUCACGCGGAAGGUGAUCCGUAAGUACUUCUCUCCAGACGGCGUGGAGAGAGAGGAGGUGACGGUGGAGGGAUCUCACCAGGAGAUGGUCAGUGUGGAGGAAGGAGACGGCUUCUCCAAGGUAGUGAAGAGGACUGUGGUCCGGAGCGAGGGAGAUCAGACCGAGUUGACCUUCUUGGAGCCCUUGGCCCUGGGGGCCACCACGGCCUCCGACUUCGAGUCAGAGCAGGUGCAGGGCCGAAAGGUCAGCAAGGUGGUCAAGACGACGGUGGUGAGGGGCGAGAGGAUGGAGAAGCAGACGGGUGACUCAACGCUGGCCGCAGACCUCCCCUCGGCCAAGGAGGACUUUGAGAAGAACCCAGAUGCGUAAGUCUCGUACCCAGAAGAGGACUGUGGUGAAAGACGCCCAGGGUAAGCAUGUGCUCCUGGAGCGGCUGGACGACACCCCAGAGACCCUGCAACC